ACAAGAGGUGCAUGAAACUAUGUGGCUUGUUUACAGCAGUGCAUCACAGUGAGGAUCUGUGUGGAGGCAUAUGACCAACCCAGAGUGGGCUGGUCCCUGCGAUAAUUCAAUAUCUCUUGAGGCAUGUUAGAGCUGAGACCUCUGUGAGCGUCUUCAAGCCUCAGACACAAACCGCCCUCUGAAUGAACUGAGAAAAGCGCUGACAAAUAGGUCACACAUUCUCCAUUCCCAGGUGAAGAGAGAGCUGCUCACCAUGGAGCCAAAGGACAGGCCGAUACCUCGAUGGAGUCUGGGCUCCGGCUCCAGUCUACGUUACGGCUCUUUUGUUGACAGCCUUUCAUCGCUCACACCAAAGGCACAGGAAAAGGAGAAACCAGCCAUAUCUCCUAGACGGGCCUAUGUAGCUGUAGCCGUGCUUUGCUACAUCAACUUGCUCAACUACGCAGAACGGUACACAAUAGCAGGUGUCCUUCCCGACAUUCAGAAAUUCUUUGACAUAAGGGACAGUACGGCAGCACUUAUACAAACAGUCUUCAUCAGCAGUUUCCUGCUUUUGGCCCCUCUCUUUGGUUACCUUGGAGACCGCUACAACCGUAAAUACAUCAUGAUCGGUGGUUUGAGUGUGUGGCUUGUGACUGCAGCCGGCAGCUCUUUGGUCACAGAGUCGUACUUCUGGCUUCUGAUGCUGUUGCGAGCCAUGGUCGGAAUAGGAGAGGCCAGUUACUCCACCAUUGCUCCCACCAUCAUUGGUGACCUCUUUGUUGGGACUCAACGGAGCAUCAUGAUCUGUGUCUUCUACAUCUUUAUCCCUGUCGGAAGUGGUCUCGGAUACAUAACAGGGGCAGGGGUUGCUGCUCUAACAGGAGACUGGCGGUGGGCUCUCAGGAUCACUCCCAUCUUGGGUGUAGUGGGACUUGUCUUGCUGGUCUUCUUAUGCCCUAACCCACCCAGAGGUGCUGCAGAAACCCAGGGAGAGGGAGUUACCGGGAGGAGCUCUUAUCGGGAGGACAUCAAGUAUCUUCUGAAAAAUAAAAGUUAUGUGUGGUCAACGUUUGGAGUGACAGCUACGGCCUUCCUCACCGGAGCCCUGGCUUUCUGGAUGCCUACUUUUCUUUCCAGAGCUCAGGUCAGUCAGGGAGUCCGACCUCCGUGCGUCAAAGAGCCCUGCGACGCCACAGACAGUUACAUCUUUGGUGCAGUGACGGUGGUGACGGGCAUCCUGGGAGCGUGUCUUGGCAGUGGUUUAUCUAGAUGGUUUGGUGACAGGGUCCCAAAUGUGGACCCACUCAUCUGCGCAGUAGGCCUGCUGGGAUCGGCUCCUUGCCUCUUUAUCACCAUCUUUGUGGCAUCAGCAAACAUUCCCACAACUUAUGUAUUCAUUUUCAUUUGUGAAGUUUUGAUUUCACUGAACUGGGCCGUCAUGGCUGAUAUACUGCUGUAUGUUGUCAUACCAACCAGAAGGGCCACAGCUGAGGCUCUCCAGAUUUCAGUCGGUCAUCUCCUUGGUGAUGCUGGGAGUCCUUACUUAGUAGGAGCGAUCUCUGAUGCUAUACACAAAUCUAAACCUGUGACUCCCGAUUGGAGCUUCCGCAGUCUGAAGUACAGCCUCCUGGUCUGCCCGUUUGUUGGGAUCCUGGGUGGACUGUUUUUCCUCAUGAGUUCUGUCUACAUUGCUGAAGACAGGAAGGCAGCUGCACAAUUGGUUGAAGGAGAUCCCCGACCACAGCAGGGUGCUACAUCUGAGCCCCCAAUAGAACUGAGCAACGGGGACAACAGCAACCAUACAAAUAAUUUAUCUGCAAAUAUCUGAAGUUAAGUUAAAAACUACUUUUGACAACAGGAUGUUGGAGUUGACUUGAAAAGAUCCCUUUUCAUCACUUUACAACCACAAAUUGAUGACGGAUGGAAAGACUUGUUAAUUGUAAGACAAUCAAAUGGCUAUUAAAAAAAAUUAAUCUUGUCUGUUUACCCACAUCUUCUACUGAUGUCAAGAUAAAGAGCUUUACAAUUCACAAUUCACAACACACAGCACACUGUAUCCUUACGCUACAUCCAGGCUUAUACGUUUUGGUUUAAAACUGGGAUUUUAAAACGAAAUAUGUUCUCUGUCCACACAGCGUUUCAGCAUUGUUUUUACAAAAUGAUUUCUGUCCAUGCUAACAUGCCUGAAAACACUUAUCACAUGAUUAUUCAUGUACACUGGGCAUGCGGGUGCCGUUGUAAACAGG